UAAAAAAAUUCGCCAUAGACGAGCGAAACGUGCGUCGUACAUCUCAAAUCGUUUUAAAAUCCAAAUAACUUCAAUUUUAAGAUUUAAAACACGUUCAAAUAUUCAUCACCUUGGCAUUUUUAUUUUAAAAUGAAGCGUUUUACUGUCAAUUUGUACCAAAAGUGUAAUUCCACAAUUAUCAGAAGAUAUACUUCGACACUAAAAGAAGUAAAUACAAAAAGCGAUGAAAUCAUAUUAUAUCAAAAUAGUUUGUUCGAUAAAGAACAACAAAAACAGCGCGAGGCAGUUGGUCGUAUUGAAAAAAUUAAAGUCAAACACAUUGGUGUACCGGAAGAUGUCACAUUAUCCAUGAACAAAAAUAUUUCCACACCUUUCCACUGUGCUAAACAUAUAUCUGAAAUGUUAGUCAAAAGAAGUGGAUUGGCUUUGAUAAACGAUACCUAUUUGUGGGAUAUGCACAGACCCCUUGAAUCUGAUUGUGAACUCCGCUUUAUGCAUGCUCAAUAUCUUCCAGAUCCAUACCAUUUUAACAGAGCUUACUGGCGUAGCUGUUCGUUUAUACUUGGAGCAGUUAUUGCCAAAGCAUUUAAGAAUGACAAUAGGCCAACUUUACAUAGCUUUCCUUCACCAAACGUGAAAAGUGGAAGCUUUGUAUAUGAUGUUGAAUUGGAUAAUCUACCAGACUGGAAACCUACAGACAACGAAUUGCGAAUCCUGUCAGCUAGCAUGGUUAAAUUGGCCCAAAAAUCGUUUCAUUUUGAAAGGCUCACGGUCUCUGAAGAGCUUGCUUUAGAAAUAUUUCAAGAAAACAAGUUUAAAAAAGAACAAGUCCCAAAUAUUUCUCAACAGUCAAUAGAUAAAAAAGUAACGCUGUAUAGGAUUGGAGACCAUAUUGAUAUUAGUAAAGGACCGAUGAUUGGAAAUACGGAUCUUUUAGGACGCUGUACCUUAGCAGCGGUACACAAAAUGGACACAAAAGAUGGUCAUUUGUAUAGAUUUCAAGGGGUCUCUUUACCUAAAGGAAUAAUGUUAAACCAUUUUGCCUACUCAUUAUUGGAACAAAGAGCUAAAAAAUUGAAUGCUGCAAGGUUACCUGAUCAGGUUCACGGUGAAAUGUACCAGCCACAUUUUUCUCCAGUUGAAACUGUAUAGUUUAAGUUAAAAUUUGCAUUUUAUGUAGAUAUUGGUUACUAUUAAUGUUUUUUAUAAAUUAUAAAUAUACUUGAAUAUUGUAUUCUUGUUAA